AGAAAAAGAAGACGACGAAGAAUCUGAAGAAACGCCUCUAAUGGCGCAGCAAGCUGUUCAGAAGAACACGCUGUACGUCGGUGGUUUGGCGGAGGAGGUGAACGAGUCAAUUCUACACGCAGCCUUCAUACCCUUCGGCGACAUCAAAGACGUCAAGACUCCAUUGGAUCAAGCCACUCAGAAGCACCGUUCCUUCGGCUUCGUCACUUUCUUGGAAAAGGAAGACGCAUCCGCCGCCAUGGAUAAUAUGGACGGUGCUGAGCUCUACGGUCGCGUCCUCACUGUCAACUACGCCCUCCCUGAACGUAUCAAGGGUGGUGAACAAGGAUGGGCCGCCCAGCCUAUUUGGGCGGAUGCGGAUACAUGGUUUGAAAGGCAGCAACAAGAGGAGGAAAUGCAGCGCAUUCAGGCCGAGAAUCGAGCUGCUAUGCAGGCUGCUGAGGAGCUUCAUAGGAAGAAACUAGCCCAGGAGCGGGAAGGGGAAAAAGAAGACGAAAUUGACACCAAGGAUGAUCCCAUGGCCAAGGCUGAAGCUGAGGUUUUAAGACAGAACAGUUAAAGAGGUACACUUCAUUUAGAUUGAGCUUGUGCCGAUUCAAGUGAGAUUGAGAGAGGGAGAACAUCGAAAACCUGCCAAGGACCAAGAUGUAUGUUAGCUUACGAAUUGUUCUCUUUCUGUAGGCAUAGUUUGAUAAGCAGGAAAAUGAUUACCUUUUUCGAAACUUCGUUGUAAUAUUAUUGGAAGAAUGGCUAGAAGUAGGAAUUUUCAAUGCGACAGCAACCUUUCUUGCUCACAGGCAUGCAGAUUAGAAGGAGAAGCCAUGCCUAGAUACAAUAUGUUCUGACUUCUGAAUUCAAGUUAUAGUCCAAGUUCAAGAGGGUAGUCCAGCUUUUGUGGAUGCAUUAUAGUAGAUUUGUUUUUCCCUGUUGACAAUAUUGUAGAAUUUGAUUCAGAUGAUUACUAAGAUAUAUUUUAAGUUUUUAAACUUGGAAUUUCAA